ACGCUCAUCGUCGAAAUCACCGACACAUCCUCGCGCUCACACCAGCGUGAUCUAGAAGGCACACAAGUCCCCUUCGCCAACGGCAUGCGCGCAGCGCAAGUACUCGACGACCGCCGGCAGGUACCACACUGCGGGCUGUGCCAGCGCUGGGGGCACCCACGCGUUCGUUGCACGGCUCCGUCAUCAGUGUGCGAACACUGCGGAGGAGACCACGACAUCCGCCACCACUGCGCAAUCGCGGUGUGCUGUCGCGGAUCCGGCAAUGUGGUAUGCCCGCACCCACCAAAGUGCGUCAACUGUGGCCAACCGCACCGCGCCAAUGCGCGCGAGUGCCCGUACUACGUGCACCGGAACGACUUCGGAUGG